AUCAGAAAAUGUGCUCCAUGGUCAAAAAAUGGCAGACCAUGAUUGAAGCUCAUGUUGAUGUCAAGACUACGGACGGCUAUUUGCUUCAUCUCUUCUGUGUUGGUUUUACUAAAAAACACAACAAUCAGAUUCGGAAGACCUCUUAUGCUCAGCACCAACAGGUCCGCCAGAUCCGGAAAAAGAUGAUGGAAAUCAUGACCCAAGAGGUGCAGACAAAUGACUUGAAAGAGGUGGUCAAUAAAUUGAUUCCAGACAGCAUUGGGAAAGACAUAGAAAAGGCUUGCCAGUCUCUCUACCCACUCCAUGAUGUCUUUGUUAGGAAAGUAAAAAUGCUGAAGAAGCCCAAGUUUGAAUUGGGAAAACUCAUGGAGCUUCAUGGUGAAAGCAGUAGUUCUGGAAAAGCUACUGGUGAUGAGACAGGUGCUAAAGUUGAACGAGCUGAUGGCUAUGAACCACCAGUUCAAGAAUCCGUUUAAAAAUCAGACUUUGAUGAC